CGGCUCCAGCGUGGGACAGCUGCCGCUUGAACCAGUGCCAGCAGCGGCGGAAGGCGAGUCAAAGAGGCCGACGAGGGCGCGGCACUCUUCGGCGAGGAGCGUCGAGUCGAAGAGGAGGAUCUGCGAGGCAAGGAGCGUUGUCGGCGGGCCCAGCGUGCGCGGCUUCUUGCCCGUCCAGACACUGGGUGGAAAGACGUACGGCGCGGCCUUGGCUGGGACGGCCUUUGUCUGGGAUUUUUGCUUGCCCAUGCAGAAGUGGUAGCGGUCACUCCUUCUGGCGGCAAAAGCUAGCUCACGAGAGACGGUCGACAAAAAAAGUAAAACAAAGUGGAGCAGGCAGCAGCAGCCACACGCGCCGAGUCUUCUCACUUCAUCUCCAACACACACGUCCGACGCUGAGUAGUGUAGCCCAUGGCGAGCCAGCAGCUGCACGCGGCAGCCUCUUGGCAGAAGCUGGCGGGCAGCCUCUCGCUCGAGGAGUCGUCGGGCAUCCUGCGGUGGCAGCCUUCGUCUUCGUCGUCGACGACAUCGCCCAUCGUCGUGGCGCCGGGCUCCAUCAUUGGCAUCCUCAUCAGCAAGCCCGAUGCGCCCAGGGUCUCGCUCAAGGUCAGGCUGAAUGGUCCUCUGGCGCCCGACGACAAGGACAGUGUCCUGUUCGAGUACACGGGUGGGGGCAGCGGGGACAGACAAAGGGCCCUCGAUGAUCGCGAGCGGUUCAAGGAUCGCCUGUCGGAGAUUGCGUCCAAGAACAAGGCUAGCACCAGCACAAGCAAUAGCACCAGCACGUCGACGCCAGCCGCAGUUCCCUCGCCUGCGCCUGCUUCUCCUGCUGUAGCAACCAGUAUCGCCGACAAGGGAAAGGCCAGGGCGUCUCCGGCUGUCUCGGCAGAGAAGCGGCAAAGGGAGGAGCUCGAUCUGCGCAUCCGCGUGCUGCAGGCCAACCCUACGUUGGCCUUGCUGCAUCGCCAGGUCGUCAUGUCCAAGCAAAUCACCGACGUCGAGUUCUGGUCCCACCCUGCCCGGGCUGCGCUGCUCAACGCCGAGCGGGCGUCGGCCUCGCAGCGAGCGGGCAGGAACGCACGCAUCGCCGACCCGCGACCGUCGACAAACGAGGCCGGCGAGACGCGCAUCAACAUGACCCCCGAGCUCGUCCGGGAUCUCAAGGCGCAGUUUCCCGUCGUCGCGCGCGCCUUUGAGGAGAAUGUGCCCGAGGUCAUGGAGGAGGAGGAGUUCUGGCGGAGGUACUUUUCCUCCAAGCUCUACCACCGGCUGCGCUCCUCGGCGCGCUCAAAGGCCUCGCAGCACAUCAUCAAGCAGGACGACGUCUUUGACCGCUACCUCGAAGACGAAGACGAUGGCAUCGAGCCGAGGAGAAAGCAGUUUGACGCCCACGACCGCUUCCUCGAUCUCGGCGCCACGGCCGAGGACCACCAGGAGACGGGAAACGAAAAGGACUGGACGAUGCGCGCGGGCGGCGAGCGAAAGACGCUGCCGCUCAUCCGCCGCUUCAACGACCACAGCCAGAGCCUCCUCGACUCGGCCCUGGGCGAGCAGGAGGAGGCGCAGAGGCGCAAGCGCAAAAAGACGGGCGGCGUCGACCAGGAGUAUGGCGAUGGCGAUGACGAUGACGAGGAGGAAGAAGAAGAAGACUCGAGGAUCGUGAUUGAAGAGCUGGGCGAGGAGGGUACGACACAAAGGCAAUGGCUCGACAUGCGCGACCAGCGGCAGCUCUUUGAGAGCAGGAUGGGCGGCACCAAUGCCCGAGUCGAUGCGACGAAUGUGACGGAGAGUGACGUGCGCAGAAUGGUCGACAGUACUCGGGCUGCCUGGUCGCUGUCUCUCUCCGACUUUGACGCAGGCGAUGCCGCGGGCGCCAUGAAGUCGAUGCUCUCCAACAUUCGCGCCCGCAACGAGGCACGGGCGCUGCGCGGCGGGGGAGCCGACCUGCCGUCGAAGAUCCAGAGCCGACUGACAAGCUCGCAGGCAACCACGACGGAGUUCCUCCGCCACUUUUGGGCCGCCAUUGCACCGCAGCCCUCUACGUCAGAGACGACAGGCGGCGGUGACGAGGAGCAGCAGCAAACGCCGAAGGAGCGCAAGGUCAAGGCGGCAAAGAUGAGCGCCAAGCUCGCCAGCCUCGUCGUGGAUGGCAAGACGGUGCCGAGGAAGAGAGCCAUGGAGGACAUGGAGCGCGACGCCGAGCAGGCGCUUCCGGGCUCUGGCCGCGAGCGCGUUAGAGCAGCACUUGGUCCGACGGAGCAGGCUGUCCGGAGAGCACUGACACUGGCACAGUCUCAGGCAGGAGCCCAGUGAGAAAUAGAAGAUGAAGUGUAGUAUAGUUGCAGUUGUCAAUUGUACAAGAGAGAGAGACCUCCGAUCAUCGUCUUCUGGCCUCCUUUGCCGUCCGCUUUCUCUGGAGCUCUUCUCGCAGGAGCGACAGGUCCUGAUCUGCCCCCGACGAGGCUCCCUUGUUCGUCUGUGCCCGCCUUGCGUCGUCGUAGCGCUGCUGGAGCUGUUCCUCGCUCAUGCCCUCGAGCUCG